AUGGAUGCACCUGUACCUCAAGAUCCAUCCGUGCUAGACCAGGGAACGGGAUCUGCUCCUAUCACUACACAGACUACGGAAGCUACUAGUGCUAGUCGCGCCGCAGCUUCGCCUCCGGGGCCAGCUUCGUCGCAACGCAAGUCCAAUGCGCUGCUUGAUUUAUUAGGCGAAGACGAGACGACAGCUAAGGUGACACCUGUCCCUACCGCUGCCCCUGUUCUCAAUCAGGCACAGACACCCGCGACAGUGCCAGCAGGUCGUGGCACUACAGCAGCCAACACAGGCGCCUCAAGCAGUCUCUUUGACCUUGACUGGGAUGGUCCCUCAUCAAGUACAGGCCUUGCAGCUGCUCAACAGCCCUCGUCCUCUUCCAAUAUGACGAGUGGAAUGCGCGCUAAAAAUGAAAUUCUCAGCCUAUUUUCAGCACCACCACCACCUAAAGUAAACUCGGCCAAUGAUAAUGUAUUUUCAAACCUCACAUCCGCGCCGGAUAUUGGACUGUCUUCUCAACUUGACACUCUUAGUCUCGGUAUCUCGCCUGCUCCGUCUAUCUCUACUAGCCGUGCACCACCAGCACCACCGACCAGUGACCUUUUCAAUACGCAGGAUAUUUGGGGCUCGAAGGAACCUCUCAAAAAAGCUUCUAGCCGCACUGAUGAUGCUUUUGCGGACAUCUGGGGCGAUUUUAACGGCCCAGGCACAUCACGUGCAGAACACAUCUCCGCUCAGGAGGGCUCGAGCGUUGUCUCUCCAACAGCCGUAAUGUUGGGUCUUUUCUCCUCCAAGCCCAGCACAAACGCCAAGGGAAAAGUGCUUUGUGAUCUUUCCAAUGCUAAGGAGCUCAAAUAUCAUUGCGAUGACACCGUUGAACGUCAAGGCUCUCCCGGAGAGGCCGCCCCUGGCUUUCCUCUGUUCAAGGCUUCACAUAUUGUAGACAAUGCGAUGAUGGCCGUGAAUUUCAUUGUCUCUGUUCUCAUGAUCGGCUCCGUCUUGUUUGCGUAUCGCCAAAAGCUCGACUGGAAAGACGCCAGACCGCUCUUCAUGGUGACAGUGCCGAUGCUCACGCCAAGUCUCUGGAAACAAGCUGUUUCUACCGGAAAGAAAACACAAGAUGGUCGUCCGAUUCUUAAGCCUCCUACGUACGAGCUUCUCGUCCAGUACACACGCACCACCCAAGGCCGCACACUAGCCAGGCGUGAGGGUCGUAUUCCUAUCGGAAACUUUGGUGCGUUUCUCUCACUAACGAAAGGCGAAUGGUUCACAGAGGAAGGAGAAUUCAAAGAGCCUAUAUUUAGGGAGCGUCUGGUGGAAGGCCUCCAGAAGUUGCUAGCCGGUCGGGCUUGUCCAUGUCUGCAAGUGCACAUGUUUUUCGACGAACUCUACAUUGAUACCUCUGUAUAUGUCCCAACGUGGUGA